AUGAGUAAAACAGCACCGACAAAAAUAUGCGAAUUGGAACAUGUUUAUAAGAGAAAUGGAGUACUCUUUGAAGUCAAUAAUGAGUGUACAUUACUUGCUAUACUAUCAAGUACAUUUAAAACAGUGCACUUAAUAGCUAUUGAACACAACAAUGGAAUAAAGUUGCGAUAUCAAAAUGUCAUAGAGGAUGUUCUGAUAAUAAAACAGAAGCUGUAUGUGAUAAUGCUGAAUAAUUUCAUCGAAUACAAUCUGCCACCAUUUGAUUCCUUGAAGGACUUCAAUAUAAAGGGCGGUAAAACAAGAAUGUUUCCAGGACUCAAAUUCAUUUAUCCAUUGGAGCCAACUAAAGACGGUGAAUACAAUUUCAUGUACAUCUGUCACGAAACAUACUACACUGGUUCACCAAAUUGCCAAAAAACCAAUUUCUAUGAAACAUAUUACCUACAAAGCAACCACUUAUUUAUGGUAGGGCAGAAUAGCACGACAGUUUACGAGAAGUUCAAAGGACUCGUGUACUGUGAUAUUGGAACACCUAAUUAUCACGCAGACAUUCGCAAUAACAAAAUAUACAAAUUGAUCACUGCUAACUAUCGGGGAAUGGGAUUUAGGCUGUUGGGUAGAGAUCUGAAUCUGUACAUAGAUGAUCUCUCAUGUAGAAAGCACUUUGAGCCUUCGAUCUUCCUGUUCUUCAAGAACUACAUUGUGUUGGGAGAUGAAGGAGGCCAAUGCAAAAUAUUCGAUAGAAGUCUACGGGACAUGAAAGUCGACUUCAUUGCAACUCAGCUGAUUGCAAGAGGUGAAAACCUGUUCUAUCUAAAUUCAAAAGAAGUCGUACACAUCAGGAUGAGAAACCAGUAUCAUCUGCCAUUCACUCGAAUCGAUAAAUCCAAGGUGUACAGUGAGAAAGAGGACGAAUUCGACCUCUCUGACUCAACGUACAGGGACUUCGAUUAG